AUUCAAAAAGAUGACAGAGCCUUCUUCAUCUACGCCCUCCCCAGUUAUUUCUCUUGUACUAAGGCUCCUCACUUUAAUUUCCAUUUUGAUAUCGCUCAUCAUCCUCACCACCAACUCUGCAACCAUAGUUGUAAAUUCCACUGAGCUCAAGCUCCGGUUUAAGGAUGUUCACGCUUACCGAUAUAUGCUUUUUGCGCUUGUCGUCGGACUUCCAUACACCCUCUUGCAAAUUGUGUUCGGGAUCUAUCAUGUGAGCAUGGGAAAACGCAUAUCGUCCAGUGGUGAAAGUCUUCUUCAAUUCGACUUCUACGCUGACAAGGUGAUGUCCUACAUACUAGCCACAGGUACUGGCGCAGCAUUUGGGGCGACUCUAGAUCUGAAGGAAGUAUUUUCAGAACUCGGCUCAAACUACAACAAUUUUUUCAACAAGGGAAGUGCAGCUGCUAGCUUCAUCCUCUUUGCAUUCUUGUUCACUGCAGUAUCAUCCGUCUUCUCCUCCUUAGCCCUACCCAAGAAACUUUAAGUUGAAGACCUUGUUAAUAGCAAGCUUUAAUGACAUCUCUUCAUGCUACUACAUUUAUUUGAUUGGCUGUUGUUCAAAAGGAUCACGACUUAAUGAAAUCAUGAUGAGUGUGAUAUAAACCUAUUCUUCAUUUUGAGGGCCCAAGCUCAACCCACAGGCAAAAUAUGUAUGACAUUGAACCUUACUAUA